CAUUUAGGAGCAUCAUCGGUCUCCAAGCAAUUGCCCUGGACUCUCGGCUGGAGCUGCAGCUGCAGCACUUCUCAACUCGCGGUGACUGCUGUAAACAUUACAACAUUAUGCUUCAAAUGCACCAGGCUUAGACGGCCCGGGUCGACAAGCGGGGUUCGCUACUUGCUGCAAUUUGGUCAACUCUCGGGCUCCUGCUGAGACAUUCCAUUUCCGAUGUGUCUCUGUGUUAAUGUUCACGAGUGUAUGUAGUAAGCUGCACGCCAGUAGUCGCGUUGCCGGCGUUGCUGGCUUGCAGCACCACCUGUGCGCUGUCGUACGGGUCCCGUUUGGUCUUCUUGCGCCCCCGUUGCCUUCCAGUCCAUAAACACAGAGCCGCUCAUUUUGCAAAUCGAUACUUAGCACUCAUAUUCAUUCGCGAUGAACUGCGAUAGGCCAAUGCUUGCGACUUUGCACGCGCACGAUGAACAGGAGGAGUCUUGCUGCUGGAUUUGCCUCGGUACCGAUGGCAUCCUCAGCAACCCCUGCAUGUGCCCGCGGAAGGUGCACCCAUCGUGUCUCGCACGGUGGCAGCUGCAGCAGGCGGGCCGCAAGGAGGAGCGUUCUUGCCGCUUCUGCAACGCCUCACUGCCAGACUGGAAGCAGAUCCUGGCGCCUGCGCUGACCGGCCCCUCUGCAGUGGACCCGGUGAUGGUGGUCAGCCUGGGCGGUCGGGCGGUGAGGAUGCGCGUGCGGCCAGGCCCCGAGGGCAUGGCGAAGUUCCGGCAACAAGUGCGCGAGCUGUUCAACAUCCCGGCCCACGUCGAGUUUGAGUGCAGCUUCAAGUGCAAGGCGCCCUCAGGCGACAUGGUGCAGCUGGAGGGUCUUGCCAGCUACGACGCUGCCACCCACGUGGCCUCACUCACGGCGGCACAGCGGGCAGCCGCCGCCGCCCGCCGGGCCAACUCGGUGCCGCACCACCGCGUCAGUGCGGCCGGCGGCAGCAGCAGCGGUGCCGGCACCUCGGCGCAGCAGCCCUACCUGGACGUGCACCCCGCCGACCUGCAGCAGUACCAGCAGGCACCGCUGCACCAGCAGCAGCAGCAGCAGUCAAUGCACGUGGCCGAUCUGCAGCACUACCACCACCCCCACCCCCACUGCGCGACCCCUCAGCAGCAGCCCCACCUUGAGGCCGCCCACAGCGCGCCACAGCCACUGCCACAGCCACUGCAGUACUACACGCCGGCCACCUCGCUUGCCGCCUACCCUGCCGGCGCACCGGCCUCGACCUACCCUCUGCCGCCGUUGCACUCGCUGUUCGCGUGAGGCCGCACAUGUAUGUGGACACAUGGACAUCCGGGCCCAGCAAUCCCGCCAUCGUCGCCACCAGCCCGCUAUCAACACCUCUUGUUCCUCCAGAUUGGAUAUGGAAGCGUAUGACUUCAUUGACAGCAGGUUGGACACUUGACCCGUUGACCAGCAGCCCCGACCUGAGGGGCAGCUGCGCUCCCGGCAUGACCACGACUCCAGCGCAAGCCUCGAGAGUUCCUGCGGCGGCGCCACGAGAUGAGCGCCGCCGGCGCUUCAGACAUAGACUGCGCUGGUGCAAUGUAUGCUCCGCGGGAGAGACACGUGUGAUUAAACUGGUUGUGUAUGUAUGAGAGAAUUUGUGUGAGAGAGCGUAUCGAACUUGUGAGCGUGCUUGCCGCCCCUAGCGGCACUGCAACCCUUGAUUGCAGUGCCGUGGCGGACUGUGUGGCGGGCGGGUAUCACGGUUGCGGCUAGUGCCUGUAUGCCCACCACCAAUGGGCUGCAGGCUCUAAGUCAGCGCCAGCGCUGAAAGAGAGCGCAUAGGUGGCAAUGGGGGCUGUGCAGGUGCACGGCCAAUGAUGCUGCCUUGACCCAUGAUGCGUCAAAGCUACCAUUGCCGUUGUAAGCAGUGAGCGCGCGGCUGGCAUGCUGGUGUGGUUCGCACCCUCGUGUUGUAGGCGCGUUGGCACGAUCGAAUGUAUGAAGCCCCCCGGACAAUGAAGAGCCUUGCGGUAAUCCUGCUGUACUGUGCAAGGGAGCUGCCGCUGAUUGAGAGAGAUAGAACGAGUGGACGAGACAUGCACACGUGAGUGCAUGAUGAGCUGUAGGCAGGAUCGUAGUGUAGUCAGCGAACGAUGAGAACCUGAAAGAGAUUUUCCCUGCUCAGUACGCGUGCCAGCCCUGCGAAAGGGGCUGACUGUGUGGCGUGUGUGUAUCGGUCACGGAGCGCUAUGCAUACCGCGGCCUUUUCAUCUUCUCCUGGUCGCGGGGGUUAACCGGGGCCCUAGGGCCGCGCCCCCAUGGUUUAGGCGCCGCACCCCACCCGCACUGGCGGUGGCUAAUCCCAUCAUUCAUGCUGUCGAGGUGGGCGUGCGUAACCUCUAGUGCGGGGUGCACCGGUGCGGAGACAAUUGUACGUGCAUGUUGCGCUGUGCAUCAGCUGAGCGGCACUGGCACUGGGUGUGUAUUGCACGUUAGUGGUCGAAGGCCCCUUGACUUGCGCGCUGCUGGCGUGUCAUUUGUAUUUUGGCCCUGCCUGGAUGGCGUCACUGUUUCAGGACACUUGCUGGCUCUGGUCCGCUCCUUGCAGCAUCCUUCGUUGUAACACAGACUGUAGCUACAAUGUGGUUCUCUGCACACUGCCGCCCAAACCGGGAAAGAAGGCUGAGAAAGUCAUGGAGGAGGAAACAGAAUUCCGGACGCCACGGACGGCAGCAGGGGCGCCAGCACACCGCCGGGCCGCACCCACGAGUUAUUGCACAGCUGCCGAUAGACAAAGGCCGGCGGCUGCGGGAAGACCAUCUGUGUUAACGUUCAAGAGUGUAUGUAGUCAGCUGCACGCGGUUAGUCGCGUUGGGGGGCGUGGGCCUUAACAGCGGGACGUGGCUAGUUGCAUGGCGGGACGUGCCUGUACAAACUGACCCCGGCUAUGUCCGGGAGAUGAGGUUGUUCGGCCUCAGACUGUGGAGGGGCUCAGCCCCUUUUCCCGUGACCGGGGAACUCUUGUCCGGGUGUACAACCCUUGUUGUCAGCUUGAGCGAGAAGGGUUCAUGAGCAGACGCCUUCUGCGAUCCCUUAUGAGCAGGGGUGCUUGUGAGCUGCGUCAGCAGGUCCCUCGUGCAACCAAUGCAGAUGACAAUGGCAACGCGGCACUCUU